CCGCCCCCGGGCUACAUGCCCUACGAAACAUACCACCGCAACACGCCGCCAAUGUCGCCCGGCCCCGCCUACUACUCUCCUCGCUACGGCCCGCAGACGGCAACGCCCUCCCCCCGGCAGUCGCCCAAGGUCCAAGGGCACACGCGCCGCGCAUCGCACGCCGUGCCACCGCAGUACACGACGUACGCAUCGCCGCGCGGAGGCAUGCCCCAGCACAUGCCAGACUUCUCGUCUCCGCGCUACUUCGCGACGCCGCAGCGCACGCCCGAAUAUGUAAGUGGAGAUUUUGGUUACACUCGGUCGAGCCGGCACCGCCGCGACUCGGACGCAACGCCUCUCAAGCGCUCCCAUCGCGAGAGGAAGCGUCGCCCGUCGCAAUCGGCACGCUACGUGCACACCAAGGUCGUCUACGACGAUUACGGCAACAACUACUAUGACUACGGCUUCGACUACGUCUACGACAGUCCGCCGCCGCCGUACGAGCCGUACGCGCGAUACGAAACGUACGGGAGUGCUGAUCGCUAUUACAAUGGUCAGGUCCCAAUCUACGACCAGGAGCCCAAGUCGAGCCGCCCACGUCGCGCGUCUCACAGCAGCCGACCACAGCCACCACCGCAAGCGAAGCGACCUUCCACCGCGAAGGCCUCCUCGCCGAAGGCGACCGAAGAAGACGCGCGCCGCGCCGGAAUCCCUGCUGGCUACUCUUACAAGAACUGGGACCCUACCGAAGAACCCAUCAUGCUGCUGGGAAGCGUCUUCGACGCCAACUCCCUCGGCAAGUGGAUCUACGACUGGACCGUCUUCCACUACGGCCCAGCAACGCCACUGUCUGAGAUGGCGGGCGAGCUCUGGCUCCUCCUCAUCCAGCUGGCCGGCAAAGUCAAGAGGGCUGAAGAGAUCAUGCCCAAGAUCCGCAAGCAAGAGAACCGUGAAAUGGUUGAAGAUUUCCUCGAGAGCGGCGAGCGCCUGUGGAUCCGCUUCGCCAAGCUCCUCAAAGUCUGCGAGGACUACAUGUGGAAGGCCGCAAAGAAAGAGACGGGAGAGAAGAAGCCCGUUGCGAUGGGCAAGAACAGCGGCUGCGAAUUCGUCGACUCCAUCUUCGGGCGCGACCGCGAGCUGGAGAAGACGGAGAAGCUUAUGACGGGCAUGCGUCUGUGGAGCAUGCGUUUCGAUGCGAAUUGCGAAGACAUCCUUCGCUACCCCUCUGCCUAG